ACGUGGGGUGUUUAUAAACAUAAGGGAAAGUGAAUUCAAAAGGAAAAAAAAAAUUCCUUGGUUCUUUUAUAGCACCCGAGAAAUGAGGAUAAACCAAUGGGACAGAGACCAGGAUUGAAAGUUGCCAUUUCUUAUAAUCAGCCGUUACACUGACCUUUGGUACAAACAGCUUCCUGCGCUUGUAUUUGUUUUAUCAUUUGCCUGAAUGAAUGAAAAAUGAGAGACCCAAAGUUCUGGGUCGCCAAUCGUAACGGAAAUGUGUUCACAGCAACAGCUAAUGACCAUUAUAUUCAGCAAUUAACGCGCACUUACAAAAGAGGUGUUCGGAUAAAACGUAUUGCGGCUAGCCACUGGUGUGCCUGGGCGAUCGGACACGACCAUCGUGUUUACAUUUUUGUCCUUCCCAGCGAUGUGCCUAUCAGAGUACCAGAAACUACAUACGAAAACCAGAGAUGGUCUCCGUUCAAUGGAUUCCAUAGCUCCAACCUGUUGCCAACAGACAGAGAAGCCUGGAGUGAUGAGAAUGGGGACUACUACCUGCCUAAAGAAAGUAUUCGUCUACCUUCAGCUCACUGGGCAUGGGAGGGUGAAUGGUUCAUUGAUGAAAAUCUGCAAGGAGAAAUUUGUACAGAUAGAGGGGGUUGGCAGUAUGCUGUCAAUUUUACCAGCAAGUGGACAGCAGAGAUGCACUGGAACUCCUGUGUGAGAAAACGCAAGUGGAUAAGAUUCCGACGUUUCACUACCACCAACCAGUGGGCAACAAUAUCAGACAUGGAAGUUGUUGACCAUCGAGAGUGUUUUAUUGAUCUUGCUGUGGGGGGACAGUUGCUUCCUGGUCAGCCUCCAGAUUUUCUUAGCGUCUGGGCUGUCACCAACAAUGGACAGGUUUAUGUAAGGAAAAACGUGUGCAGAGACUGUCCAGAAGGCACAGAAUGGAUACUUCUGCCCAGCCAGUCUGAAGGGAUCAUUAAUAUUUCCUGUGGGCCAACUGGUCUCGUGUGGGCUAUCACAUGGGAUGGUCAUGCCAUAGUCAGAACCCAUGUCAGUCGUGAUGCAGUGUAUGGACAAACAUGGGAGAUUGUACCUUACCCAGAAGAAUCCACUCGACUGAUGCAGGUUUCAGUGGGCAGAAAUUCGGUUUGGGCCAUCAGCAGAGAAGGAAAGGUAUGGUUUCGGCAAGGUGUGAAUGGAGAUAAGCUAAUCUGGGAUGCCAAGGCAGCCACAGGUAACUCCUGGGUACUCAUGGUUGGAGAAAUGGCGCAUAUUUCAGUCUCAGCUAAUGACCAGGUGUUUGCCCUUAGUCUGGAUAAUGAAGAAAUUUGGUUCAGGACUGGAGUAACCCCAUCAGAACCAGGGGGCAAAAUUUGGCAACUUGUCUCACUGAAGGAACAUCCAGACAUCUUUAGUCCAGGUUCAGUUACCAGCUUAACAUCUGAGGCUUCCCCUCUCUUCAUGGAGUGCCAGGAUGAGGCUGCUUUCGCUGUUGCUGGUAACAUGGAUGCCAGUAACGGCAGUUUGACUCAAACUGGAGAGGUGCAGACGGAUGCUUCUCCUCAAAGGCAAACUGAAACUACUGUGAGUGUCGCUGAAAGGAUACAUGCUGACAGUGCUCCUCACACACAAACAGAAACUAAUGUGAUUGUGGCUGGAGGUCAUGAUGUUCAUGUGCAAACUGCUGGUUGUGGGGAAGGUAAACAGUUUAUUCAGAAUUCACAUCCUGAUGAAAUUUCAAGCCAGUCUGGAGUUUAUCAUUCCUGUGAGAGUGAUGUUAAGAAAAGCAACCUUGAAGUUUGUUUAGAUGAAGUCAGUUUGAAUCAACAGCACAGUGUGGAUUCAAGCAGUUUAUUAGGUACUAAUCAGACGAGGGAGACUGUUAUGUGGCAGGUCAUUGAGAACAGCCUGGGUCCUAGAACCAAACAGGAAGUAGGAUGCCAAGACCGAGUGGGGAGUCUUGGCAGUCCUCAAAGAACAGCAAGGCAUUUGAAUUCAUGUGUGUGCAGUUUGUCUUUGCAAGGAACUGAUACAGUUUCCGUUUCUGAUCAGUCAUCUGUAAAAGUAGCAGAUUGUGAAGAAAAGCAUGUGUACAGAAAUGCAGGCUGUACAGCAAACUCAGCAAUAUAUGAUGGUGAUCAUUUGACAGACUUGACAAGCUCUACAUUAUCUGAGUGUAGUUCAUUAACAGGGCAUAAAAGUGAGUGUGGAUGUGCCUGUAGGCCUGGAAAUUUAUUACAUAGUCCAGAUGAUCUGAAUAAGUCUGGAGAGACCCUAAUAUCACAUGAGCAGCAAUUGUGUACUUGUGGUUUUCAGCAGAGUACCAUAGCAGAGAAGCUGCUGACAGCUAAAGCUUUGCCACGCAGGAGGUUAAGCAGUCUGGAGUCCUAUUCUUCAUCUGACAGCAUCUGCAACUUUGUCACAGAUCUCAUUGAGGACAAUGGUGAGGUGGAUGACAGUGGCAAUAUGAGUCUGCCAAGAACUGGUUUAGAGCAUGACAUCAGCAGCAGCAGUCAACAAGCAGUUACAUUUGAAGAUCUCUACAGCCAGGGAGAGGUGACUUCACAUUGCCCAUCAGAAAUGCCUUCUGUUAUUCCUUGGAUUAGCCUGGGGCGUAGUGAAACUUUCACUGGGAGACCCUCUGAAGGUGCACUAUCUUUGUUACAAAAAGAGGAUAUGCCAAUGAUGAUGCUGACACCAGCACAGCCACGUUACUGCUGGGGCUGGCUGUCUGCAGCGGAUUUUGUUGUGGAUAACCCUGCCACAGUCCCCUGGCUCAGACCUUCUGGCUCUGAGUCACAGAUCCACUACCAAAUUCCAAAAAUAUCAAAAGUUGUUCGUGAUAAAGUCUUAGAGAUGUUAAAGAUUCGUAACCACGAAGAGGUCCACAGAUUUCAAGAAUAUGAGCAGGCUGUGGAAAAGACAAGUUGGGUUAAAAAAACUUCAAUGAAGAUACGGUGUGAAGCAAGAGGCAAGGUCUGGCGAGACUGCACCGUGGAACUUGAGCAAGGUGUUGGCUUUUCCAUGGAUGGUACUUUGACAAUCCAGUAUGAUAUCAAACAAAAACAAAAGACAAUUCAAAUCAGCUUGCAAGAUAUCCGAUGCAUCAAGAUGUGUGAUGAUCACUGUAUUGCUAUGUAUACAACAGACCCGCAUAAUGUAGAUCAUCCAUUUCUCUUAAAAACCCAGUCAGAAGCAGAAGCAAGAGAAUGGAUGGGAAUGAUAAAUGUGGCCAAUGCAAUGUUGUGGGGACUGAAUCAACCUAUACCUGCUGGCUCAAUCUGGUCUGUCACAAUACCUGGCCACAUUUUCGUGCACGUCCCAGGACUUGCCCGAGUAAACCCUUCAGACAUGAUGUGGGGUCAACAUGGAGGCCACAUGGAGGCUGUAGAAGCCAAUCGGUGUGGUGUGACCUGGGCUCUGAGCUUUGAUCAGACACCUUUUGUUUACAAUGGCGGUUAUGGAAAUAUUUUGACCAGGGAAAUAUCAGAAAUGGCAAGUGACCUUAGAGAACAGGUGGACUACCGCACCAUCUAUGUUUAUGAAAACCAGAAGUGGUUUAUGGUCGCUGGUUAUUGUAGUAGGGGAAUUUUCAAAAACAACUUUGCCUGGACUACUCCCAAAGGAAAGUAUGUUCAGUCCCGAAAUGACAUCAAACUACCAUCUUCACAGUGGCAGUGGGUUGGGGAAUGGAUGGUAGAUUUUAGCACUGAAGGUGGUGUCAGCAAUGAAGGUUGGCAGUAUGCAUCCAGCUUCAGUGGGCCCUUCCACCCUAGCCAGCGAGCUCGUGACACCAUACGACGUAGAAGAUGGUUCAGGAAAUGCAAGCUUGUGACACAAGGCCCUUGGGUGAGUGUGGGACCACCAGAACUUUCUAGUCUAUCACUACAGGUAGAUCGUCCUGCGACCCCGACCCAGCCUAUUGUUCUGUGGGCCAUUGGUGCCAAUGGAGAUGUGCUGUGCAGAGAUGGCAUUACACAAGCUCACCCAAUGGGUACCAGUUGGAUUCAUGUUGCAACCACACUAGACAAGCCUUUUCAGUCUGUAUCAGUUGGAGGGAAACAUCGUGUGUGGGCUGUUGCUCAAGAUGGUUCUGUGUGGUACAGGCCUGGAGUGACACCCUAUACUCCUGCAGGCUCCUGCUGGAUUCAGGUCGUACCUCCACCACCAGGAGGUUUGCAUCUAUGUCAAAUUUCUGUCGGAGGUACAGCUGUGUGGGCUGUAGAUACUAGUGGCAGCUUAUGGCGCCGAGAGGAGAUAACCCCAACAUUUCCGGAGGGCACUCACUGGACUUAUGUUUGCAAUCACGUUCGCAGAGUGUCAGUUGGACCUCAUGAUGAGGUCUGGAUAGUGUCAGAUGCAAACUUUGGGCAAAACAAACAUCCUGGAGGUGCAGUGUAUCGGCGCCUGGGCAUCAGUGAGACUGUGCCCUCUGGCACAGACUGGGACUUUGUGAUAGGGCCUGGAUGGCAUUACAUAACCAUUCGUGGAGCAGUAUCCAAGUAACUCCUGAAAAGCAUGCAUCUACUGUAGAAAACCACUCCACUCAGUAAUGGUUUUUCCAAUUAUCAUUCCUUCAUUUAUGGUGAGUGUGCAGCAAGACAUUAUUUUAUAAGGGCUAAAAAUUUCCAGGUGCAGUUAAGAAAAGAUUGCUCAUUUGGGAGUUGCUCAGACUGUACUCUGUGCUAUUUUUGUACAAGUAGUUGUUUUUUUUAAUUGGUUCUUGUGAAUGCUGCUUUGUAUUUCAGUUUAUUGUCAGGCAUUCUCCGAAAAAAUGUAAGAUGUGUGAUGUGCUGUGCACCUUUCGGUGCCUUGUGUUCAAGGUGUUAAAUACCUUUGACUCCAGUAUAGGAGAAGCUGUAAAAUACUCUAAACCUGGUACAUUAGACGUCUCUUGUAACCACUAAGUUGUAAACAUGUGAGCAGCGAUUUUUUUGUUUUUAUUCAGACAUGAGACAGUAUUUUCAACCAAUAAGACUAUUAGCUAACCACAGGAGAAGACCUUGAUCAGAAGCAUUUAAAAAAUCCUUUCUUUUAAAACCAGAAAUAAGAGAUUUAUGGGAUAAUUCUGCUGUCUUGACAGUUGAGGUUUUUUUUUCCUUGACUGGUGUGAUUUAUUCCGAUAUUACUAGCAGCAUUUUUUACGGCAUCUUUAGUGAUCCAACUAUGGACAAGACUCAUCAGAUUCAAGCCAAUUUCAUAUAUGCUGAUGGUGUUGUAUAUUUGUUGAAGAUUAAUAAAGAACUGGCAUGGGCACAUCUUUAUCUGCUGAUAGUUCUAGGUUUCAGCCUGGUUCAGGCAGUCAAGAAUUUUGUUCUGAGUUUUUUUUAAAUGCCAGUCAACAGUGAACUGUAUUUUUGAGUUCAUUGGCAUAAAUUUCUUUUCUUAAUUUCCCCAAACCCAGUAUAAUAGAUGUGGCAUCUGCAACGACACAUUUUACUCAGCAGUCCUUCUCUUUAUCUUCUUUCCACUUUGAUUCACUCCAUUGUUUCUGGUACUGGUCCUUAAUACCUCUCCAAACUCACUCCUAUCUAUACUCCUGCAUGACUUCUUCACUCAUUUUCUGACAUCAAACUUCUUCGAGUCCCACUAAGGCAAAGAUGUAUGGACAAAUGUCUUUCUACCAAGCCUUAUCAACUGAUUGCCCGUAAGCCUUCAACAUUCUGAUUUUCUUACCACCUUUAAGUCAAAACUUAAGACAUGUCUUUUCAGCCUGAGACUUCAUUGUGACCCUGUUGUCACCAAGAGCAUGCAUAAUGUGUCUGUGUAGGUGUGUCUGUGGUACGGUCUAGUGAUUCAGUUCACUUGGAUCGGUCUGUAUGUCAUUUCUGUAAAGUGCUCUGAGCUAAUCAGGGAAAGCGCUAUAUAAAUUUCCAUCAUUGUUAUUAUAUUCAAGUGUCCUAGACACAUCCAUGCAACCUUUUUCUAGUUAACAAAUGAAACUAGGGCCAGUCUGACUGCUGAAUCUCUUUAACCUGGAUUACCAUAUUAAGGUUUAAAGCAGCGGUUCUCAACCUAUGGGGCGCGAUGGGCUUACAUGGGGGGCGCGAAGGUGGUCAUUUUUUUAAAAGUUUCUUAUACCGGUAUUAGUGAAAUUAGCUUACAUUGCUGGCUAAGGGGAGCGCGCGGACGUACCUUUGUUCGUCAGGGGGGUGUCACAAGUAAAAGGUUGAGAACCGCUGGUUUAAAGUGUUGAUAAUAGCCUUUAUGCACAUUACAAAACGAAAGACAUAGCAACAGCACUGAUAAUUGAAAGAGAUCAAAUGAGCUGAGAGCUGCCCAAAAGCUGAAGAAUGUUGUUCAAGGCAAGGCUUAUAAUUUAGUUGGGACUGUGGUCUGUGUUGGUCAGUUUUGCAGGGACCUCUACCAUUUUUUGCUACAGCACAUGGGAUGUUAGCUAUGGAUAUGAUCAAAAGAUGGGAACCCGCAAGGUCUACGCCAUCUUGAGUCAAGUCAUUUCAUUGAAUGGGAGCUAACCCUUUGUGGGGUAGGGGCAUAACAGGGAGUAUGCAGAGAAUCUAAUAAGUUGACCAAACUGAAAAUUAUGGCAGUUGGGAUGAACACAAUAUAGACUUUCUGCUGUAAUAAUGUUAUUAAAAAAUUCUCCAGAAUCGCUAUGGCUAUUAUGUGUUUCAUGAUAAAUGCUUUUUUUAAAUGUUAUUGGGGGUAUAAUCUUAGAAAUUUUUAUAUUUUUGUCUCAUUUAUUGAUCUUUUUAACUGUUACUACUGCAAUUGCUGUAAUGUGUAGAGUGCUAAGCAUACACAUGCAUGUGCAAUUAUAUACCCAAGACAAUGUUUAAAAAAGAAAAGGUAUUAAUGCUCAUAACUAGUUUUGUUUGUGUUAAGAUGGUAAUAAUCAUUCAAAAUGUUAAUGGCAUUCUUUGGAGAAAGUAUUUCUAUGCAACACUGCAAGCAUUCCAUGAGGCAAGAAUUUUUUAAAGGCAUUUGUGCAAGGAGGACCCAAAGUAUUCAGGCAUUUGAUUUUAACUGCGGUGAGUUGGGAAGUGGAUAGUUCAGUGGUUAGAGCACUGGCGUCCAAGCUGGCAGCACACACUGGUUUAAUGCCUGAUUAGUGCAGCAAACAUCUCUUAGUCAGCCCAGCUGGUGAGAAUGGGUACCUGACUUCUCAGAGGGUUGGGAAAGGUAAACCAACAAGGGAGAGGAGAUGGACACCGCCCUUACACAAAGCUGGCCCUAAGAAAAGUGAGGUCUCUUAACGCUUCACUCCCCAACCAUCUGAAAAGUUUAGUGGAUGACCUUACCUAAUCACUGUUUACAAAAAGUACAAAUUGUUCAUAAAAUCAAGUCUAAACAUUAAACCUAAGAAAUAAUCUUUAAAUAAUUUAUGUGAUAUUUUCUUGACCCUCCUUCAUUCCCAACUUUCCUUAUAAAAUAGCCUUUAUUCAGGGGUAAAAAGUUUUUUUUUGUAUUUUUUUAAUUGCACACUUGAAUAUGUGCUUUGCUUAACCAUAGGUGUUAAGUGUUUAUGAUGUUCUAUUAUUAUUAUAGAAAAUGUUUUAUGUUUGAUAAAUCCUUCCAAAAUUAUCUCUUUUUAUUCAGAAUUAGUAGCAGUGUAAUUUAAUGCUUAACAUUUAGUAAUUAAGAAUAUCUGUGAAAAAUGAAAACAUCUUCAUGCCUGAUGGCUUAUUCUUGGCAUUACAUGUAUUAAUUUCACUGAUUUCAAUAAAACUUUUGACCAAA